GCUGAAAGGAGCUGCGCACGCGCACCGUAUGCCCCUGUGGCGUAAGGCCCUGUUCCCGUUACAACUGGGGGGCGGGGUCUGGUGCUGUCAAGGGAGGCUGGCUGCCAGAGAGGACAUGGCGGCCCGUCGCACCCGGCCUGUGCUUGCCGCCCUAGGAAUGCUUAGUGUCUGUGUGGCCAGCGUCCCUGGGCCUGUGAUGGAAGGGGAACCCGGUGGGGAGGCAGAGUGGGCGGAGCCAUGGGAUGGUGCAGUUUUCCGGCCGCCCUCGGCACUAGGCGCUGUGGGGGUGGCACGCAGUCCCGGGACCCUGUGGCCAGGGAGGGAAGAAACAGCAGAUUUGCCGGUGCUGCUGUGGUGGAGCCCAGGACUGUUCCCUCACUUCCCGGGUGACUCGGAGCGCAUUGAAUGUGCUCGCGGCGCUUGCGUAGCAUCGCGGGACAGAAGGGUGCAAGGGGACACGCGCACGCGUGCGCUGCUCUUUUACGGAACAGACUUCCGCGCGUCUGAGGCACCUCUGCCCCGUCUGGCCCAUCAGAACUGGGCCCUGCUUCACGAGGAGUCGCCCCUCAACAACUUCUUGUUGAGCCAUGGCCCGGGCAUCCGCCUCUUCAAUCUUACCGCCACCUUCAGCCGCCACUCUGACUACCCGCUGUCUCUGCAGUGGCUGCCUGGGACUGCCUACCUACUCCACGCAGGGCCUCCACUCCAGGAACGUGCAGAGUGGCGCCGCCGCGGCUAUGCACCGCUGCUCUAUCUGCAGUCCCACUGCGAUGUACCUGCAGACAGGGACCGCUACGUGCGCGAGCUUAUGCGUUACAUCCCGGUGGACUCAUACGGGAAAUGCCUGCAAAAUCGGGAGCUGCCAACUCCACGGUUACAGGACACAACCACUGCCACCACGGAGGAUCCAGAGCUCCUGGCCUUCUUGUCCCGCUAUAAGUUCCAUUUGGCCCUCGAAAAUGCUAUCUGUGAUGACUACAUGACAGAAAAACUGUGGCGGCCCAUGCAUCUUGGUGCGGUGCCUGUGUAUCGCGGCUCUCCCUCUGUGAAGGACUGGAUGCCCAACAAUCACUCCAUCAUCCUCAUUGAUGAUUUUGAGUCACCUCAGAAGCUGGCAGAGUUUAUUGACUUUCUGGACAAGAAUGAUGAGGAAUAUAUGAAAUACCUGGCAUACAAACAACCUGGGGGCAUUACCAACCAGUUCCUUCUGGAUAGUCUGAAGCAUCGAGAGUGGGGAGUGAAUGAUCCUUUACUGCCUAACUACCUCAAUGGUUUCGAGUGUUUCGUUUGUGAUCAUGAACUGGCUAGGCUGGAUGCUGAAAAAGCCCAUGCAGCCUCUGCUGGGGACAUCCCUGUCCCUGAGCCUCACAUUGCCCAGCCCUCACACAUGGACUGCCCAAUGCCAACUCCUGGCUUUGGCAGUGUGGAAGAGAUUCCUGACAGUGACAGCUGGAAGGAGAUGUGGCUGCAAGAUUACUGGCAAGGUCUGGACCAGGGAGAAGCUCUCACUGCCAUGAUCCACAACAAUGAGACACAACAGAAGAAAUUUUGGGAUUACCUACAUGAGAUCUUCCUGAAAAGGAACCAGAAUCUUUAAUUAUCCUGCAAGAGCUUUUAACUUGGUAGAGCUAAGGACAUGGAAUUCAUUCUACCACAGGACAUGAGGGGCAUCUGCUGCAUAAAUCCUUAAUGAACACUGUUAUCCCGAAUUCAAUGGUUUCCAGUUAUAUCCACUGAUGUUCUCUCCUAAUGAUGUGUAGCUAGGGUCUCAGCCUGUGGUACUAGGGCCUCUCCUCAAGGAGAUGAAGGCAUCCAGUUCUUGGUUUAGUGGAAAACAGAGGCCUGAAAAACCCAUUUGAUUCAAGGUGCCAAUCCAACAGAAUUUUUUAAGAACUGUUUAUUUCUCUAGCCAUUUCAUCCUCUCAAUUAUGAUUAGAACAAUACCUUAGUACUUGGCUGCAAAUGAGAUAAGAUUGACCAGGUUUAGGGUCUUAAAAUUUCUUGUGUGCUAUUCCUCAAAUCCCCUAUUAUAUUCAGUUCCUUUCCUAAUUGAUCUCUUUUCCAGAUCUUUUGCUUUAUAGUGUUAUGUUGGUGGUGAAGCAGAAUUCCUGGCCGGCUGUAUUCUGGUUUUCUGGAGUUGUGUUUUUUAUAUAAUUUACCUUGACUUCCAUGUCAAACCUUUUAAAUUUUUCUUCCUACUUUUCCACAAUUUCUGAUGAAGAUGCAGCAGCCUUGCCACCAUUCCCACAUUGAUUCUUCCCUGCAUUAAACUGACUAGAUUUAAUAGCUUUUCUUACUGCUAGUGUGCUUUUUACCUAAAGAGUAUCUGGAAUUCCUUCUCACCUCACAAACAGAAAGAUUCAGUGGCUAAUCUAUGCCAUGUAAAUUUGAUGAAUUAUCCCACUCUAUUUUAGUUAGAGAUGGAGACUAAGGCUAGGCAUGAUAGCAGGAAAACAUUUUUUUAUAUAUAUUCAUUUUUAAAUAUUAAAGAGGCCAUUGUGAAUCAAAGUGAAUUUUAAAAAAUUGUUGUUCAAGUAGUUUUCUGCCUUUCCCCCCCACCCCUCCCCACUCAAAAGGAAUUUUUUUAUAGGUCUUUGUUCUUGUCUAAUGAAGUCUUCCCUCUGUUUUAUUAUUUUUAUGUUACAAAAGUCCUCUUUCUCCCAAAGAGUCAUGAAUAUUGUGGUGGGAAAACCAGCCCAGCAAUAUGGCUCUGGUAGUUAUUUCAUUCUGUAGCACUUUUCAUUUUAAGUGGAAUGAAUAUUCUAAUUUCACUUAUUCUAUUACUGAUAUCCAUUUAUUCAACUUUAUAAUAUUUCUGAGACAAUUUGAUGAAGCCCACCCAAGGCCAAGGGGAUGAGAGCUGAGGCAAGAGAUUUAAGCCACCACAAGUGGUUGGCUAAAUAAAAAGCUGUUAGUCAGGCCCUGGCCAGGUAGCUCAGUUGAUUAGUGUUGUCCCAAUACACCAAGUUUUCAGGUUCGAUCGGACAGACAAGAAGCAACCAAUGAAUGCGUAAGUGGAAUAACAAAUUGAUGUUUCUCUUUCUCAAAUCAGUAAGUUAAAAAAAUACAUUAAAAUUUGAUACAGUAGGGAGCCACAAAAGAAGUCAAAAUUCAGGACUCUGCUUUCUAACCUUGUAGUUGUUCAAAUGCAAUUGCUCGUUUAUAGUGCAAAAUACUAGUACCCAAGUGCAAACUAAGGUUAGGACUCAAAUUUCAUUAUGGGUGGUAAAACGGGUAAGUCAUGGUUACAUAAGGUGUAUCAUCCUUACCUUUCCUGUCUUAAUUGUACCAGUUCACAUUACCAUUCCUUUAGCACUUUUAUGUACAAAGUGGGCUAGUUGUUUUGGAAUGAUUGUG